CAGUAUUUUAUCGUCAGAUGCGACACCUGCCUGGAUAUCGUCGCGACGUCCGUGAAAAGCGUCGAUGCAGUUCGUCGUAAUCGCCGACAACAAACAUGCCAGACAUCCCCGUGCUUAUGGAGCUGUCAGGAGUUGUCACGAGGGAACCGUAAUUUUGACACAACGUCAUUAAAAAUGUGAACAAGAGGAUUGUUGGACGUACCUAGGCGCUUCAUAGAGAUCAUAAAUACAGGGCGUCGUAUUCUUGUGUAUAUAAAAAAAAAUGGCCAGUUCACCAACCAGCAUUGAGAAUCAGAUUGACAGCUUUCUGGAACAGUUCAAACGUACUGCCUCCCGCGCCAUGGAGGAGACACACAGGAUCAGUUACAAUGCAAGUAGCAGCAUUAGCCGUAGUCGGAGUGGCAACCUGGACCUGGAGAUACUGGAAGCCGAGGAUGUUGAGAGCAUGACCGGCGAGAUUGAAAACGGAGAUUUGGCCGUACGAGACGUAGCUGACCUUCUUCAGCAACAGUACGCCAUAAUAACAGGCGGCAAGACUAGAGAGGGGUGUCCGAUAAUCACAUUUCCAGACAAUGGAAAUUUUCACAAUUUGACUGAUUUGGAUUAUCAGCGUCUUAUGCUUUAUCUUACUUCUGUGCCAACCUUACAAGAAGCUGAUCUUGGAUUCCAUUUGAUAAUAGACAGAAGAAAUGAUAAAUGGAACUCCGUUAAAACAGUUUUAUUAAAGAUCUCGGCAUUCUUCCCUGGCUUGGUACACGUGGCGUAUGUUCUACGUCCGACUGGCUUUCUCCAGAAGACUAUAUCAGAAGUGUCUAAUAAGCUCUUCCGGGACGAAUUCAAGUUUCGGGUUAUCGUACUCGCCAACGUAUCAGAGCUAUAUGAUUUUGUGGAGAAAGAUCAGCUGACUGAGCAGCUAGGCGGUGAUCUGCCUUACUGUCAUCAUACUUGGAUACAAAAUAGAAUCAGUUUGGAAAAAUUUUCAUCCAUGACCCAAGACGUGUCCAUGGCGCUGGACUCCUUCACUAGGAGACUGGCUGAAGUUGAAUUCCCUAAUAAUACAAUAGCGACAACUACGUUGCUGAGCCAGCAACAAGCCGAGUACAACGAGCUCAAGGAAGAGAUACUGAGUGCAGCAAGGCACGGCGAAGCUCUUCUCGACAGCGUGCGACAACUCGCAGGGAAAGGAACAGCCGAUCGUUUGGGAAACGUGGCAGCAGUCGAGAGAUUAUUGGUACAGUUGGAGGAAACCGAACGCACCUUUGAUCUCUUCUGGUCGCAUCACAGCUCUCGUCUCCGCCAUUGCUUGGCACUUCGUCAAUUUGAACAGGACUUCCGGGAACUUCAAGCCAGUCUUGAUCAGCAUUUGAAAACCGUUGAGGACAUGACGGAAGUCGGUGAAACUCAGGCCAGGGUGGACCAGCUGCUUCGUGACACCUCAGCUUUUCAAAGGAUAUGCAGGGGAGACAUUGAUCGUGCCGAAGAGGUCAUCACAGCUGGACAACAAUUACUCUCCGGCAGACAUCAGUGCCCUGCUGAAGUUGUGGAACCGAAGUGUGCUGAGUUACAGCGAGUUUGCACUAUCCUUAGUCAGAGGCUUGAGAGAAGAUUGCAUACUUUGACAAAGUGCAGGGAGCUCAUGGAACGUAUUGAUAAGGCUAAUACCUGGUGCACCCGUGGAAUCGAGUUAUUGGCAUCUCAGAACAGCACAACUCCAGCGGAUCAGGCCCUUCAGGAGUUACAGCAACUCAUCGAAGCUGCUGAAGAGUUUCAUCAUCCAAGAUGCAUCUUUCAAGACUCCAUUACACCGGAAACUAAGGCUCUCGUUACUCAGGUCCUGCAAAGAAUAGAGGACGUUUCAUUAAUGUGUGACAAGAGGAUCGCUGCAUUGAAGCAACAAUUGGUUAAACCGGCGCGACCAAUUCAGACUGUAACACCAGAACCAGCAAAACCUAUACAACCAGCACCGCAAACCGUGAAGCCAGGAAGAAUCUUGAAGAAGGCGAAUACCAUGCCGAAGGUAAUGGAGAUGGGUCCGAUAGAAGGUGAAAUUUCAUCACCGGAAGGAGAAGCUAGGGACGUGGAAGUCUUACGUCUUAAGCGUGGCCACGUUCUUGCUGAACUUGUGGAAACUGAAAGGAUUUACGUGGCUGAAUUAGGUUCGAUUAUAAAGGGUUACAAAAUGGAGUUGGCCAAUGAAGCUAUGGCACACCUGAUACCGUCGCCUCUGGUAGGAAAGGCUGAUGUUCUCUUUGGAAAUCUGGAAGAGAUUUACGUCUUUCACGGUGAGACGUUUCUUCGGGAUCUUGAGAAUUGCAUCACGAACACGGAGUUAGUGGCUCUUUGUUUUGUGCAGAGGAGAAAGAUGUUCUUCAGGCUAUACAGUUAUUACUGUCAAAAUAUCCCAAGAUCAGAGAGGUUGCGCGAACAGAUACAAAGCGAGCCUCAAUUUCUGACUACUUGUCAGCAAAAAUUAGGGCACAAGUUACCAUUAGCUGCGUACUUACUGAAGCCUGUUCAGAGAAUAACCAAGUAUCAGCUGCUACUCAAAGACUUAUUGAAGUACAGCGACGAACCACUUUGCUGCACUGAGCUGCACGAAGCUCUCGAUUGCAUGCUGGUCGUUCUGAAGUGCGUUAAUGACAGUAUGCAUCAAACUGCAAUAACUGGUUUCGGUGGCGAUCUUGGUGCUCAGGGUGAGCUCCUACUGCAAGGUUCCUUCAGCGUUUGGAGUAGCAGUAAGAGGGAACGACGACUGAGGCUAAAACCAUCUCAGAGACAUAUAUUCCUGUAUGAGAAAGCAUUGAUAUUCUGCAAGCACAGUAAGCCACAAGCGCAUAACAAGGCCACUUAUCACUUCAAAAGAUACCUGAAGAUGUCGCAGAUUGGUCUGACGGAAUCCGUAAAGGGCGACGCAAGAAGAUUCGAGAUCUGGUUACAGGGCAGAGCGGAAGUGCAUACAAUACAAGCACCCAGCAUAGAUGUGAAGCAGUCUUGGGUCCAGCAGAUCAAGGGUGUUCUGAUGUCUCAAUUAGCUGAGCUAAAGGGCAAGCAGAACACCGCCCUGGGACAAUCGAAUCACAAGUACGUUUCCAGUACUGUUUACUGUCCGUACGAGGUGACCGAAUGGGUACUUUUCAGGCCGCUGCGACAAACUAUCUCCUGGGAAGCACAGAGCAGUGUCUCAGGGUCCCUCAGGACGCUCUCCGUGGACGGUAGCAGUGUGAUUUCACACAUAACCGAUGUUUCUCAAUCUACCGAGGAAGACGUUGCCUGGAGUUCGGAGAACAGCAAUAGCGACGACGAGGAUACUUUUGGCGAAAAUCCUGGACCAGCACCGGGUGGAAGGUUUGUCGCCCUGGCUGAUUAUUGCGCCGUAGGCCAAUCCGAGGUCACCAUGAGAGAGGGCGAUAACCUUGAGCUACUUAAAGUUGGCUGCGCCGGCUGGUGGUUUGUCAAAUUAAUUGGUAGCAACGUUGAAGGUUGGGCACCAGCUGCCUACUUGGAACCGAUAAGCCGGAAGACGUCGCGCAGCUCCCAGUCAGUGAACAGUCAGGAAGCUAUGUGAAAUCGGCGACUAACGCACUAGGUCCAUCUGGUGUGUUAGGCAGCAUUAAUAUUUAACCGUGGAAAACGGAAACGCAUCGAAAUUAAUUCCUGGCGGGGAUUUAAUGAAAAACAAGAAAAUAAGAAAACCAUUACGACAUUCCGGUGAACCAUUCCACUGCGCGUACUAUGACAGUUUGGUGUGAGGUAAGUCAGAAUCGUGAAGUAGAAAGUCAAGAUUGCGGAAAGGGUGAUAUUCCGGAAGAUUCGUGGAAAGAAAAAUGCGAUCCGAUGGAUCAUAUUAGCUAUGGCCAUAUUGCCAUUCUAGAAUUUCUAAGUCGAGCACGACCAAAAAAGAUAUAUGAAUAAUGUAGAGGGCGAGUGAGAAGUCGGACUUGUUCUAAUGAUCUACGUGCAUGUUAUUAUUUUAUCACUCGCUCCAGGGUCUGAAUUUUUUUUUUCAUUUUUCGUUAACGACCUCACAGGUUUUUGAGGACGCGACUACAAUGAAAAACAGUACAGAUAGUGCGAUGUGAUACGAAACAAAAAUUCAAGAAUGAUAACGAGUAGACAUUAGGAGAUAAAAAUUGAAAACAUAAAGAGCUGACACCAAGUAUCACGCAAUAUAAUAUGUACGGGGCUAUUCAAAUGAAACACAUUGAACAUAUUUGAUAAUUGUUUGGAGAAACUGAGCAGCCCUGUAUUAGUACACGUAUUUAUUAUUGUCCCACCAGGACGCCCGAGUCCUGGAACGCUGACUUUUUUCUGGGUGGACAUCUUUUUAGCUGAUAUACAUAUAAUUAUAGACAAUAAUCUUGUCCGCCGUUAAAAUGGAUAUUAAUCAACUUUUUGGCUGUAUGCAAUACAAGGGAAUGUGUUAAAGGAUUCGAAAAAGGAUUGCAAAAUAAAAAUGUCAUAUAAAAGACGGCGAUGCUAGUGCACGCCAUGUUUUUUCGCCUAAGGAUUGUAAAAUAACCAGGACACCGUAAGAGACCGUCGCACUUCUCAUAGAGGAUGGCACGAGAGUACCAUCGGGACGAAUUCUGCCGGUGAGAAUAUAGAAACUCUUUCUUGCAAAUGGGAAAACACAUAAAAUGUAGCAGUGCAAACUUAUUGUUAAUUAGAUUGCAGCUUCUCCAUGUAUGAACAUAACGGUUCCUUUUUGUCGUUCCUUCAGAAAGUCUGCGAAUAAAUGAAAGAUUCGCUAUAUUAUAUUUUUGCAAAAGAGAAAGACACAGAGAGAGAAGAAAGAGGAGAAAGACAGAAAGAGCAAUGAGUACACAGAAGUGUAUUAAGGGGAGGAUGAACGAGGAAUAGUAUGCGAGGAAAAUUGUAUGAAAAACUCCAAGAUAGAUUCUAUAUAAUAAUAACAAGAUUAAUAAUAAUACUCACCGUCAGGAAUCGUUCUGCUCUUUUUCGACUAGUAGCUUUUCAUUCGCAAUACUGAAUAAUACUGGCAUCCAUGCAUAAUAGUCCCAGACAGCACAUAAAUCCUAAAGUCAUCUUUUAGGUGGCCUAAAGACAACAUCUGUUGCAUUAGACGUUUUUGAAACGAUUUUUUGAGCUGCAUGACUUGUUUGGAAAGUAUAUAAAUAGAUAAAUUCUCUCCUGGUAGCUGAUACAUCCAAGAUGUAUGCAGAUAUAAAAAUAAAGAAAAUAUCGAAAUUGUAUAAUAAAUGUAAGAGAACCGUUUGGGACAGUCAGGUCAUUUACAGAAAUAUAAUUAAGAUUUUUACAAGACAGAAUGGAAAUUGCUCAAGUCGAACCGUCGAUAAAAGAAAAUUGGAUGUCUGAAUAUGCAACAUUAGCAAUUUCUCAUUAACGAGCCAAGCUUGAUUAAAAGUUAUUGAAAGAGGUUGAGCGGCAAAAGAUUCAGGAAAUGGAGGAGGAGAAUAUUAUUAAUACUGAACAUCUUUAACGUGUCCUAAUAUCCAUAGUAACAGUAUGAAUAUUCAAAAUACAUACAGACAUUUUCUCUGCAAUAAUUCUUAUUACAAUUUAACACUUUUCAUACAAUUGACUUACUUCCAGCAUGUGAAAGCAAGGUUAAAUGACAUUUGAAAAAAAAGUAAUAUAUCUGUUUGACAUAAAGAAUUAACAGAGGCAUCUCUUAGUAUUUAUUAUUGUAUGCAUAAUGAUUUUCUUUUUCUGUCGACAGGCUUAAUUACUACUUUAUCUCAUCGAAGAAAACCAUAUAAGCAUAUUUGAUGUCGGUUUUAUAAACGUUGAGGCGAUUAUGCGAGUAGAUAACUAUACCGCCUUCCCACCUUUCACGUCAAAGAGAAAGGUGUCAGACUUGACAAUAAUUGGGAAUGGCCUGUCAUUAAUAAUUGCAAUAAAGUUUAUCGCGUAUUAGGAAUUAUAAUAGUUAUAUUGACAAAUCCGUUAGUCGUGUCUAGAAGAUUUUGUCCUGCUACUGUGGGACAUGAGAAAAUAUUCAGAGAAUAAAUCAAGGAAUUAUUUGCGCUGGAGCCAAGGUAAUAGUUUUCCUUCUGGCAUGGGAGAAUUUUUUAAACUGAAAUGGACGCGACUUAUCGGAUGCUAGUUGACGUAUAAUAAACAAUUACAGAAGGAAAAAAGCUUGUUUAAUUAAAUGGCGAAUUGUUCUUUAUACGCCAACGCCAAUGUGCAACAAUCGCGUUAGUCAGGCUUGCGAUUAUCAAUGUGUUCAAUUUUUGAGUUUCCAAAAUUGCAAGUGGGUGUCGCAUGUUCUUUGAAAUUUCCUUUUCAUUUAAUGCUGAAGUACCUAUUACGUUGAUUAUAUUCCAUUUGGAAUAUUCUGUAUGCAACGUUGUCUACGACUGUCGCAUUAAAUGUUUUUUUAAGAAAGCUUAAUUUCCUUCUGCGUCCGCCGUUAGAUAGGCGGAUAGUUAGGUGUUAAAAAACAAUUAUAAUUUUGAUUUUGUACAUCCUCUCAUAUAAUGUAACAGAAAGUAUAUUGUGUAGGCAGGAGAUUUUAAUAAUAAUCUUUUUUUAUAUCGCCUCCUCCCUGUUUGGAUUGCAGAGGUGAGGAAGAAAGAAAUGAUAAAUAAUAUUACAUAAAAAUAUAAUCCCUCUCGCAAGCUUCUGACUAAUUGAUGGGAUGUAAAAUAUUGUGUGGAUGAUAAGUUAUAUAUAUGAUCAUAUUCAUCUUACUGAUGAUGAUCAGUUACAGGAGGAUGUAACUGAUAAAUGCUAGAGGUAAUUUAUUCUAGAUAUCCUAGUACAAAGAGACAUUGUUUUUUGAUAGAUUUGUAUUAUUUAUACGAUAUGGGAAUCGAUCUGUUUAUUGUUUCAGUGUAAAUAGAUAAAAUAUGUCCAUUGUACUUUGUACAGGCCAAGAAUUAUAAGUCCCAGCGUUUAUGACUUAAAGUCCAAAAGAGAAAUUUCUUUAUUGUUGCUAUAUGCCAAUGAAUUUGUAUAAUUAAUUUAUAGCUGGAUUAUUAUAUACUUAUAAUUCAUAUUUCUAUACCCUGUUUAAAAUACAGUGGACAAUAAUUAUAUAGAAUAAGCUGUGGCAGAGAUGAAUCUUGUAAUUGUUAUAAGAGCUAAGGGAAGCUUUGUAAAUAAAGGACCACAGAAUUAUCAUGAGAA